CCAAGGCGUUCCUGGAGGGGUUCUUCACGGAGGAGGAGGAGGAGGAGCAGGGCGAGGCCUCGGCCGGGAAGCGCUUCCCCUACCGCUGGCAGCUGGCCUCGCUGGCGCAGCGGGAGUCCCAGGCGCUGCGGGUGGACCUGGACCAUGUGGCCGAGGAGGACCCUGCGCUGGCAGAGGCCGCCGCCGAGAACACCCUGCGCUACCAGCGCCUCUUCGCCCAGGCCGCCUCCGAGCUCCUGCCGGCCUUCCGGAGCGGAGAGGUCGCCCACAAGGACGCGCUGGACGUCUACCUGGAGCACCGGCUGCUGCUGGAGGGACGCAGUGGAGGAGGAGGCAGCGGCAGCGGGAGGGACCCCCAGAACCAGUUCCCCCCCGGAGCUCAUGCGGAGAUUCGAGGUCUACUUCAAGGCCCCCUCGGCCACGAAGCCCCGCGUGAUCCGGGAGGUGAAGGCCGACUCCAUCGGGAAGCUGGUGGCCGUCCGGGGCAUCGUCACCCGCGUCUCGGAGGUCAAGCCCCGGAUGGUGGUGGCCACCUACUCCUGCGACCAGUGCAGGGCAGAGACCUAUCAGCCGAUCCAGGCCCCCACCUUCACCCCGCUGCUGAUAUGCCCCAGCCGGGAGUGCCAGACCAACCGGGCCGGGGGCCGUCUGUAUCUCCAGAGCCGGGGCUCCAAGUUCAUCAAGUACCAGGAGCUCAGGAUUCAGGAGCUGAGUGACCAGGUGCCGGUGGGCAACUUGCCACGCUCCAUGGCCGUCAGCGUGCAAGGAGAGAACACGCGCCUGGUGCAGCCCGGGGACCACGUCAGCAUCACCGGGGUCUUCCUUCCCGUGCGGCAGACUGGCUUCCGGCAGCUACUGCAGGGCCUCCUCUCAGACACAUACCUGGAAGCCCACCACAUUGUCUGUCUUAGCAAGAGCGAGCAGGAGGAGCUGGGAGAGGAGGACCUCUCAGAGGAAGAGCUGCGCCAGAUCACCGAGGAGGACUUCUACGACAAGCUGGCGGCUUCCAUUGCCCCUGAAAUCUAUGGCCACGAGGAUGUGAAGAAGGCACUUCUGCUGCUGCUGGUGGGCGGCGUGGACCAGAACCCACGGGGCAUGAAGAUCCGGGGGAAUAUCAACAUCUGCCUCAUGGGAGACCCUGGCGUGGCAAAGUCCCAGCUGCUCUCCUACAUCACCCGCCUGGCACCACGCAGCCAGUACACAACGGGGCGGGGCUCCUCUGGAGUAGGCCUGACGGCAGCGGUGCUACGGGAUCCACUGACAGGGGAGCUGACCUUGGAGGGGGGUGCGCUGGUGCUGGCGGAUCGUGGUGUCUGCUGCAUCGACGAGUUCGACAAGAUGCUGGAGUCAGACCGCACGGCCAUCCACGAGGUGAUGGAGCAGCAGACCCUCUCCAUUGCCAAGGCGGGGAUCCUGACCACCCUCAACGCCCGCUGUGCCAUCCUGGCGGCUGCCAACCCCGCCUACGGGCGCUACAACCCUAAGCGCAGCCUGGAGCAGAACAUCCAGCUGCCAGCUGCCCUCCUCUCCCGCUUCGACCUCCUCUGGCUCAUCCAGGACCGGCCCGAGCGCGACAAUGAUCUCCGCUUGGCCCAGCACAUCACCUAUGUCCACCAGCACAGCCGACAGCCGCCCUGCCAGUUCCAGCAGCUGGACAUGGGCCUCAUGAGGCGCUACAUCUCCAUGUGCAAGCGGAAGCAGCCGACUGUGCCGGAGUCAUUGGCUGACUACAUCACGGCGGCCUACGUGGAAAUGCGGAAGGAGGCCUGGGCCAGCAAGGACACCACCUACACCUCCGCCCGCACUUUGCUGGGCAUCCUGCGCCUGGCCACUGCGCUGGCACGGCUGAGGCGCGUGGAUGUGGUUGAGAAGGAGGACGUGAACGAGGCCAUGCGCCUGAUGGAGAUGUCCAAAGACUCCCUUUUGGCUGACAAAGGGCAGCUAAGUAGGACGCAGCGCCCCUCUGAGUUGAUCUUUGCAGCCAUCCGAGAAAUGGUGCCGGCUGGUGGGGCCCGUUCCAUCCAUCUUGGCGAGGCGGAGCAGCGCUGCGUGUCGAAGGGCUUCACUCCUGCGCAGUUCCAGGCUGCCCUUAGCGAAUACGAGGAGCUCAAUGUCUGGCAGGUCAACCAGAAGAAGACCUGGCUCACAUUCGUCUGACCGGGGGCCUCCUCCUUGCGGAGCCGCACGCGCCGGCUGCGCCUUUCCUGGAAGACCUCCGUCAGCAGCCAUCUCUCUCCGUCCUUUUUAUCAUCUGACCUAUUCCUCCCCCACCCCAGACUUCAAUAAAAGUUUUUGUGUCCCUUGAAAA